AUGGCGUGCUCGCGCUCGACACAUCUAUUCGCUGCCGUCCCUGGCCCUCAACGGAUGGUUGAGAUUGACAGAGUCACUUUGUGGCCUGAGCACCCUCCCGCCUUCGACAGGGCCCCGCCGUACCAGGCACCCAGGUCGCCUGUGGUACCCGGGUCCAACCAACCGCGAGGAAUCCCCACACACCUGCAUGGCUGCUGCAUGGAAGCCGGCUAUGGCUCCCGUGCAGCUUCUGUCGGAAAGCACCAAACAAUCUUGCUGCUGCAGCCGUUCGCCAUCAUCAGGGCUCCACCGCCCGGCUUGAGAUUCCCCAGACAGGAAAGACCCUCGCCCCGAGUGCUCCCGGAUCGCAUCAGGACUGGCCAAAAUCAGCUGCGUUUCGUCCUGUGUCUUGGACCCCUCCGGCUGAACACGUUUCUCGAGAAGACACUACGAUUAUCGGGCUCCUCUGGAGCGCAUUACGCCUAG